GAUAUCAUCUGCAUCGUCAAUGUCCAGCACAACUGCAUCAAUUCAAAGUGCACAGACAUGCGUCGGCAAUGCAUAUAUCAAGAACAGAUUGAAACUGCUCGAACGAAAGCAGUUGUUGAGCAUCAGCCAACUCCACUUUAUUUCCUGAAUACCUAUUCAAUUCACAACUGUGAUUAUAUUCAAAUGGCUAUCCCUGAGGCGCUUCACUCA